AUGGCUGCUAAAGAAGGCAUCCCGAUGAGCGACACCAAGAGCAUCGUGGUGGACCUCACAGGCACCGACGCCUUCUCGGAGACAAAGACCUUGUCCCUGCCCGAGAUGGCGGUCCCGGACUCCGCACGGCUUGCGGUCUCCGUGGUGGGUGACCUUUUGGGCCCCACCAUCUCCGGCCUUGAGCGCUUACUGCGGAUCCCCACAGGCUGCGGCGAGCAGAACAUGAUCACGCUGGCGCCCAACGUCUUCGUGGCCAAGUACCUCUUGGCGGUCGGGAAAAUGACUCCAGAUUUGCGGGAGCGAAUUGUCAACAACAUGGUGGUUGGCUAUGGGCGUGAGCUCACCUACCGCCACGAGGACGGCUCGUUCUCCGCCUUUGGCAAGAGCGACUCUUCGGGUUCCACGUGGCUCACGGCCUUCGUCCUGCGAGUCUUCGCGGAGGUGCACCAAACUGGGCUGGUGGCAGUGGACACAGGCGUCAUGACGAAGGCCGCGGAGUUCCUCCUGGCGCAGCAGCAGAGCGAUGGGUCUUUCAAGUCCGUGGGCAAGGUCAUCCAUCAGGAGAUGAUGGGCGGAGCCAGCGGCUCUUCUGCAGUGCCGCUCACUGCUUACGUGACUGCAGCCCUCGCCAAGGCCAAGGACGUUGCCAGCGUCGCCGGGGGGCUGCAGAAGGCUGCGAACUUCUUGGAGCAGGUGUCGGCCACUACGACGUACACCGCGCUCCUUCGAGCGCAUGCCUUGGUGCUGGCAGGACUCUGGAGUGACGAGCAAGUGGCCACAGAGGUGUUGGCGCUCUCUUCGACCGCCCUCCCCCGACGAUUCUGGAGCGGCAGCACUGGCGUCUCUGACCCGGCUCCAGGUGCCUACGGUGUGAAGACGAUGGAUGUGGAGAUGACGGGGUACGGGGUGCUGGCGCUGACCAUGGCGAAUCGCCUCACGGAAGCCUUCCAGGGCGCCUCCUGGUUGCUGGAGAGGCGCAGCGCAAGUGGCGGCUUCAGCUCCACCCAGGACACGGUGGUUGCAUUGAACGCCCUGGCGACCUAUGCUGCGACGGUGGGCCAAAACGUGGAUCUCACACUCGAGGUGAGCAAUGGAGGCAGCUUCCAGCAGACGCUGCAGAUCACCUCCGGGAACGCGGACGUGUUGCAGACCUUGGCGCUGCCGGUGGCUGCCGGAGAGCUGCCUGUGGUGGUGGAGUCCUCGGGCAACGGGGUGGCGCUGGUCACUGCGGAGCUGCAGUACAACCUCCCAGACUCGGCGGUGCCGCCUUGCUACCAGAUCGAGGUGGACUGGUUCAGCCAGGACCAGGAGACCAGCUCUGCAGUGCAAGCCUGCAGCUUGCCCGUGUCCGACUGCGCGCCUAGCGCGGGCGCGAUGGCCAUCAUUAGCGUGGGCCUCUUUACCGGCUACGGGGCCUCACUGCAGUCCUUGCAAGCGCUGAAGGAUGCUGAGGUGAUCAAACGCUUUGAGCUGAACGACCAGCGGGUAGACUUGUACCUUGAGGAGCUGCACGAGUCUUCGAAGACCUGUGUGCAGUUCAACAUUACCCGUGAGUUCAGGGUGUGGAACGUGCAGCCGGCGGCAUCCAUGGUGUACGAGUACUACAAGCCCGAGGCUCGCGGAGAGCUGCUCUCGAGUUUCAGCACGCAGGUCUUCACCGAUGAGGUCUCGCAGCUUCCGGGGAUCCAGCCCAGCGUCACCACGACCAUGCCCACGGCCGCCUCUGCGGCCACUGCGGCAGCGUUCCUUACCACUUCUUUGCUGGCCUUCGCGGUCCAUGCCUUCGCUUAAAUGGAGUUACACGUUUGAAAUCCGGGCGCACGGUUUGAAACCUGUACAGCGAAAGCCCGGGAGAGCCCACAGGCUGCAGAUCAUGGAUUCGGA